CUGUAAUAGAAAUUACAUUGGUAGGAAUAUAAGCCGAAACGUCUCCCGAUUGGGCGUCCAGUUCCUAUAGAACCUAUCAAUAAAAUACCACUAGAGGGGGAUAGGGCUAAGCGGAGCGAAAAGGGUUUCGGAAUAGGACAACACUCAUCUUGGGGUGGGCUUACUACUUAGAUGCUUUCAGUAGUUAUCCGCUCCGCACUUGACUACCCAGCGUUUACCGUGGGCACGAUAACUGGUACACCAGAGGUGCGUCCUUCCCGAUCCUCUUGUACUAGGGAAAGACAAUUUGUGCGACCAGAUGUACAGACAGAUGGUAUUUUCGUCCUACUGGCCAAUACGGUAGGAGUAGGGUGAGUUUCUUAGACAUUGAUGGGCUAAUACAUUAACCUGCAAUCUGCAUCCCAAAAGGAGAUCGUCAAGACGUCAACCAAACAACCUUACUGUUUUACGUAUUGUAUCGUUAGAACACUCUGAAAUACGAGCGAAUUACCACAAACCAAAAACUCUAAUCCAUAUCUAAUUAGCAUUCAUAAUCCCACUAGGAAACCAAAUCUUCCCUCCCCCCUAUAAUUAAACUAUAUCUUGACACAAACCAAAUAUACUAAUCAUCCUUUUUGACCGGCCGGUAAAACCUGAAAGAGGAACUCUUUACCAAGACCACAAUCAAACGCCGCCAUGAGUUUCUCUUCUCCCGAAUCCACCUCCGCCGCCGGCGCCACUCCCACCCGUGAUCCUCACCGCCGACCGCCGCAUCCACUCCCCGCCGCCCCAAUAUGGUUUUCCCUGCCUCCCGGCCCCUGUUUCAUCGGCCCUCCUAGGCCAAUCCCAAUCCCAAUGCCGCCGGCGAUGAGUCCUCCGCCGCCGCAUUACCACCCACGGUGGCCGCUGCUGCGGCCGAACCCGGUGUGGGUCAAUUGGGCAUUGUACGUCACUCACAUUCGAUCCGCCAUCAGGAACCAAGUGGAGUACUACUUCAGCAGGGAGAACUUGAUCAAAGACUGGUACUUGAGGAAGCACAUGGACGAGCAAGGGUGGGUGGAAAUUGGGUUGAUCGCCGGUUUCAAUAGGGUUUCGCGGCUGACCGGCGACGUCAACGUGGUUGUGGAUGCUCUGAGGAAUUCAAGCGUGGUGGAAGUUUGUGAAGAUAAAGUGAGGAGAAGGGGAGAUUGGUCUAAGUGGGCGAGUGAAGGAUUCGGUCUUUUGAGCAGAGGGAAGGCAAUUCAUUAGGGAUGUUGGACCUAACCUUGAGAAAGAUGGGAUGGGAGAAGAAAGCGUAACGAGUCAGAAGAAAAAAUUGCUUGGUUUGAAGGGGCCCCAUAAGAGCAAAGAAAGCACUUUCGAGGCUCUGUUUGUCGAAUCAUUGAAUUGCGCUCUGGCUUUCUUUCCCGGUUGGUAUCAGCCAAGUGCACUGAAAUUUCCAGCUAGGGCUUAAUGAGGAUUAAGGAGGCCUAGCUCCUCUGUUUUCUCUGGUUUUAGUGUAAGAAAAUCUCAAGUAAUCAGUAACUAGCAAGUAAGUAGUACUAUCAUAUUUAAGUUAGCUGUCAAUGAAAGAAAAUCAAUGUUGUCAACCCGUGGGUUGACCCGGACCCAAUCGAGUUAGUGGGUCAAGGGUUAAUGGAUCAACCGUUUUAGCUCGGUUUGGCCCGGAAAUAUGGAAAUAGUCAUUAUAUUGUACUUAUCCUUAUAAAUUAUAUCAAAUCUUAUCUAACAUAUGAGUUAUAACAUAUAAUAUUACACCAAAAUAACAUAUCGUACUUAGAUCCAGCAUUAAGUGAAAAUUCACACACACUUAUAUACCAUCAAUAUUCAAAUAUUCAACUUAGGAUUCCAAAGAUUGAGUUAGGCGAAAAGAAAAAUCGGAAAAUAGGCGCAUUUUGCAACCAAAGAAAAAUUUGACACAAUUUGACCCAUCAACCCGGUACCUUGUAGCGAUCGAUUCGGGGGGUGCGUGCGGCCCGUUUUUCUCACCGUGUCAGGGUCAAAGUGGGUCGACCCACGGGUCAACUCGCCGGUUGACAACCUUGAAGAAAACUGUCUAUCCUAGAGUGCAUUCCGUUUCGAUGUUUUGUAUCAAUCGCAUGUUAUUGUAUGAAUUUUUUUUAUUACAAAAACAAUGUUUGGUUUACUGUAUUUGUGCUAGAAAUUGAAUAAGAAAAGUGAAAAUUGUAC